CCCUCCUCUCCCGCCGCCGCCAUGACGGACCGGUACACGAUCCACAGCCAGCUGGAGCACCUGCAGUCCAAGUACAUCGGCACGGGCCACGCCGACACCACCAAGUGGGAGUGGCUGGUGAACCAGCACCGCGACUCCUACUGCUCCUACAUGGGCCACUUCGACCUGCUCAACUACUUCGCCAUCGCCGAGAACGAGAGCAAGGCCCGGGUCCGCUUCAACCUCAUGGAGAAGAUGCUGCAGCCUUGCGGGCCGCCCGCCGACAAGCCUGACGAGUCCUAGGCCGCCGCGCCUGCCCCGCCGCCGCUGCUGCCACCCGAGCGCGGGAGCGCCCCCGGCUCCGUGUGCCGCCCCGCCGGGGAGAGGGUGUAUCAGUGCCCGUUUCUGCAUAGCUUCGGCUCCUUUCUCAGUACAACCGUUCCAGUUUUUUUUAUUAUUAUUAUUUUUAAAUGGAAAACAAUAAAAUUUGCUGGGUGUUUCUAA